UUUUGACAUUUUUUUUAAUCAAAAUGGUUUGGUACACGCGCGAAAAUGACGAUAGCGAGCAAAUUAAACCGUUGCAUUGUUCACCCCCGAAACAACUCACAGCAGGAGCCGCUUACACACAACUCGACCACAACUCGCUGCUUGACAUUCAAUCACAUCCACCACAAAUGCGUCUAACUGGAAUAAUCUGCACUUUGGGACCUUCAACCACAGAUGUCGAAACGUUGGAAAGAAUGAUCGAGGCUGGAAUGAACAUUGCCCGCCUAACACUCUCCCACGGCACCCAGGAAAUGCACACCGAACUGAUCCAAAACGUGAGAACCGCCGUCGAAAAUUACAGCAAAAGACUCGGGGUCAUGUACCCCUUAUCCCUCGCUCUUGAUAUUAAAGGACCCGAAGUCCGGACCGGUUACAUGGAAGGCGGCAUCGCCGCCGAAGUCGAGCUGAAAAAGGGCGAACAAAUCAAACUAACAACAGACAAAGCGUAUCUGGAGAAAGGCAGCUCAAGCGUGAUCUACGUCGACUACGACAACAUCCAGAAAGUGGUCCAACCCGGGAACCGUAUUUUCCUGGACGAUGGUCUCAUCUCCCUGAUUUGCACAAGCGUCCAAGGCUCGGUCCUGACAUGUAGUGUGGAAAACGGGGGAAUGCUUGGCAGUUGCAAAAACGUGAACCUCCCCGGAAUCGAUAUCGACUUACCCGUGGUGUCCGAAAAAGACAAGGAGGAUUUGCUUUUCGGCGUCGAACACGGCAUUGACACCGUUCACGCCUCAUUCAUCCGCAAUGCUGUCGAUGUGUCGGAGGUUCGAGACGUGCUAGGGCGGGCCGGUAACAAGAUCUUGAUCAUUUCGAAAAUCGAAAACCACCAAGGUGUGCACAACAUCGACGAAAUAAUCAAAGCUUCCGACGGCAUUAUGAUCGGGCGAGGCGACCUAGCUGUGGAAAUCGGCCCUGAGAAGCUUUUCCUCGCCCAGAAGAGCAUCAUAGCUAAGUGUAACAAAGCGGGGAAACCGGUCAUUUGCGCCAAUCAGCUGCUCUACUCGAUGAUAAAACGUCCAAGACCCACUCGGGCCGAAUGCACCGAUGUUGCAAACGCGGUGCUUGACGGUGUUGACUGCGUGAUGUUGACGGGGGAAACUUUUCUUGGCCAGCACCCGAUCGAGUGCAUUCGGGCCGCGUCCAAAAUUUGCAAAGAGGCCGAAGGGGCCAUUUGGUACAAACACCACUUUCGGGAAUUGAUCGGGCAUGCGAGACCUCCGCUAGAGACGUCGCAUACAAUUUGCAUAGCUGCAGUCGAAGCUGCAAAUCAGUGUCUAGCAGCUGCGAUUAUUGUCACGUCAGUUUCGGGACGUUCGGCCCAUUCACUGGCAAAGUAUCGGCCCAACUGCCCUAUUAUUUUAGUGACACGUGAUCCGACUGUCGCCAAACAAGCGAACUUAUUCCGGGGAAUCAUCCCCCUUUUUUACGAAGUCGAGAGGAAAGACGAUUGGAGGCGAGAUAUUGAAGCUAGGAUCAGUUUCGGGAUCAGUUUUGGAAAGUGGAGGGGGUUUGUAAGGUCGGGGGACCCCAUCGUGGCAGUGAAUGGGUCACAAAGGGGGUCGGGGUACACUGAUACGAUCCGAGUCCUGUACGUUAUGAGGCCCAUAGUGGAAGGGGACUGCACGUGUGAUAAGAAAACGGGUGACCAAAACGUAUAGUUUAUUGUACAAAAUUUUUCUACAAUAAAACGUCUCCGUUAUAA